AUGCAGAUCAGCAGCAUUCUCCUCUCCCUCAUGACGUGCAGUCUUGUGCAAUCUGCUGCAGUUCCGCGGUGUGAUGAGGAUCUUCAGUUUUACAACCACUGCAUCUCCGACGCCAGCCAAUACCUCAAGUCUCUCAACGUGCGCGUCACGCCCUCGCACACCUCCCGCAUCACAAAGUGCUACCAGUGCUUUCAAGAAGCGGCCGACGACGGGUGCGGCGCACUAUUUGGGGCGGACCCAGACAACCUCUCGGACGAGGGGCGGCGGUGCUACGAUGUGGGGAUGGAGAAGUGUAGGAUGCGGCGCGGGGAGAGGUGUAGGUUCUUUGUGAACUGGAGGAGUGCGGGUGGUGUGGGGAAGGCGUGA